CACACAGAGAGAGAGAAACAGCAGCAGAUUCAGGAGAGAAACACACAAGAGAUGAAAGCAAUGGCUCAGACUCUAUAUUUUAGUCUUCUUUUCAUGGCUCUCUGUUCAUUAUCUAAAGGCAUUCAGCGCCACUAUCACUAUAUAAACAUUGAGAAGACCUGGACUGAAGCUCAGAAAUACUGCAGAGAGAACUACACAGAUCUGGCCACAGGCAACAACAUCAAUGACAUGAACGAGCUGAAGAAGACUGUGAAUAACAAUCCGGAGUAUGUCUGGAUUGGACUGAAGAGAACAGAUGUUUAUAAAUGGAAGUGGUCUCUGGGUGAUCCUGUUAAAUAUCUUAACUGGGAAAUUCAACCAUCAAAUGGCACAAAUUGCGCCGUUAUGAGAAAUGGAAAAUGGCGUCAGCAGGACUGUAAUGUGAGGUCACAGUUCAUCUGCUACAAUGACAGCAGUAAAUCAUACAUCAUUAAUACUUCUAGUACAACAUGGAGUGAAGCUCAGAGUUUCUGCAGACAGUAUCAUACUGAUCUGACCAGUGUGAGGAACCAGACUGACAAUCAACUGAUCCACAACAUCAUUAAUGAUCCUCACACAUCUGUCUGGAUUGGUCUGUUCAAUGACUCGUGGGUGUGGUCAGAUAACACUGACUCCGCCUUCAGAUACUGGGACUCUGGUCAACCUGAUAAUCAAGGUGGUUCUGAAAAUUGUAUAAUGGCCAAAGUGAAUAAUGAGGGGAAAUGGCAUGAUGUAUCUUGCAGUGUCUCUCGCACUUUUGUGUGUCAUGAAGAUGAGCUGAUAUUGAUCCAGAAGAAUCUGAGCUGGACUGAAGCUGUGAGAUACUGCAGAGAGAAUCAUGUGGAUCUGGUUUCAGUUGAUUCAGAGAAGAUUCAGCUCAUGGUGACUGAAGUUCUUCAUCAGGCCUCGACUGCUGAGGUGUGGAUGGGGUUACACUAUUACUGUCUCAUGAAUCUCUGGAUCUGGGUACGAGGAGAGGUCAUCUGCUAUCAGAAUUGGGCUCCAGGGGUUCAGAUUCAACUGAAUCACUGCAGCGGUGAACACAGAGCUGGAGCGGUUCAGUCUGGAGGAGAUCAUCGCUGGAUCAGCCUUCCUCGAUCUCAAAAACUCAACUUCAUAUGCACCACAUUAAAAGAAUAAGAU